GCAAGGCAUUGUGGGAGCUCGGGCCCGCUAGCGCUGUAGUUGGAGGCAAGGGGGGUGGCCGUUUGUUUUCUCGUGGUCUCGAGCUCGCGCGCUCUCUUCCCCUCCCCCGCGGCGUGCAGCGGGGCGGAGUAACGGCGGCGGCGGCGGCAACGGCAGCAGAAGCAGAGGCUGUAGCAUCGGACACCCUCCUCUCUCCCGCGAACCGGUUCCUCUUCCCCCUCCUUCUCACUGUUUGUUGUGUGUUUGAUGUGUUAAAGCAGGAGCGAGAACCCGAGCAGCGCCAUGAGCAACACUACCGUCGUCCCCAGCACUGCAGGUCCGGGCCCCAGCGGCGGGCCCGGUGGCGGAGGUGGUGGCGGCGGAGGCGGCGGCACCGAGGUAAUCCAGGUGACUAAUGUCUCCCCGAGCGCUAGCUCUGAGCAGAUGCGGACUCUCUUCGGUUUCCUAGGCAAGAUCGACGAACUGCGCCUCUUCCCGCCGGAUGAUUCACCUUUGCCAGUCUCAUCUCGUGUCUGCUUUGUUAAGUUCCAUGAUCCAGACUCAGCAGUUGUGGCACAGCAUCUGACAAAUACUGUAUUCGUUGACAGAGCUUUGAUAGUCGUACCAUAUGCAGAAGGAGUUAUUCCUGAUGAAGCUAAGGCUUUGUCUCUGUUGGCACCAGCUAAUGCAGUGGCAGGUCUUCUGCCUGGUGGUGGACUCCUGCCUACUCCUAACCCACUUACCCAGAUUGGCGCUGUUCCACUGGCUGCUUUGGGGGCUCCUACUCUUGAUCCUGCCCUUGCUGCACUUGGGCUUCCUGGAGCAAACUUGAACUCUCAGUCUCUUGCUGCAGAUCAGUUGCUGAAGCUUAUGAGUACUGUUGAUCCCAAGUUGAAUCAUGUAGCUGCUGGUCUAGUUUCACCAAGUCUAAAAUCGGAUACCUCUAGUAAAGAAAUAGAGGAAGCAAUGAAAAGAGUACGAGAAGCACAGUCCCUAAUUUCUGCUGCUAUAGAACCAGAUAAGAAAGAAGAAAAAAGAAGGCAUUCAAGAUCAAGAUCACGUUCUAGGAGGAGGAGGACUCCCUCAUCUUCUAGACACAGGCGGUCAAGAAGCAGAUCGAGACGGCGGUCACAUUCUAAGUCUAGGAGUCGGCGACGAUCCAAAAGCCCAAGACGGAGAAGAUCUCAUUCCAGAGAGAGAGGUAGAAGGUCAAGGAGCACAUCAAAAACAAGAGACAAAAAGAAAGAAGACAAAGAAAAGAAACGUUCUAAAACACCACCAAAAAGUUACAGCACAGCCAGACGUUCUAGAAGUGCAAGCAGAGAGAGACGACGACGAAGGAGCAGGAGUGGAACAAGAUCUCCUAAAAAGCCUCGAUCUCCUAAAAGAAAAUUGUCUCGGUCACCAUCCCCUAGGAGACAUAAAAAGGAGAAGAAGAAAGAUAAAGACAAAGAAAGAAGUAGGGAUGAAAGAGAACGAUCAACAAGCAAGAAGAAGAAGAGUAAAGAUAAGGAAAAGGACCGGGAAAGAAAAUCAGAGAGUGAUAAAGAUGUAAAACAGGUUACACGGGAUUAUGAUGAAGAAGAACAGGGGUAUGACAGUGAGAAAGAGAAAAAGGAAGAGAAGAAACCAAUAGAAACAGGUUCCCCUAAAACAAAGGAAUGUUCUGUGGAAAAGGGAACUGGUGAUUCACUAAGAGAAUCCAAAGUGAAUGGGGAUGAUCAUCAUGAAGAAGACAUGGAUAUGAGUGACUGAAUAUUGCCUCUGUGGGAAUCCAACUGUAUACCUGCAUCAGUGUCAUUCCUUUGUGUGAUUUCUUAAUGCUGUAUUUGUUCAUCUCAAACCUAGAUGUAUACAGCUCUGAGUUAUAAAUGGUUAUAAAGCUCCUGUUACUGAUAUUAGUUAUUUACAUCAAAAAAGCUUUUAGAAAAUGGUACGAGGUAACCAAUUCUUGUCAUGGUGAAAUCUGAUUGAGUAACCAAGCAGUUUUACUAUUCUGGUGCUGCUUCAUAACAAAAAUGAAAAGCUGCAUGCAUCUACAUACAGCAGGCAUGGAUUGUUUAUGUCGUAUGAUCUCCUUUAUUAAGUAAGUUCACUUAUAGUAUUUCUAUAAUUUGAUUCAUUACCGUAAUAGGGCCAUGUAGGAAAUGCACUGAUUGCAUGUUAUUGUGGCAAGAAUAUCCUAAAUGUCAUUAAAAUCCUCCAACAUGAUGGAUCUGCUUAUGGUCUUGUUUGUUGACAUGAGAAAUUAACAUUCUUAUAGUUACAUCUGGAAAUGAGCAUUUGAAAUAGAUAAUCCUUUAAGCCUUGUGGCAAAAUUUUUGUGGCUUUUAUUUAACUUUGAAAGGUUAUUAUGCACUAACCUUUUUUGGUGGCUAAUUAGGGUUUAAAUACAGAAACAAGAUUUCAAAUAAAACUGUCUUUGGCAGUGAGUAAAUAGCAUAUUUUGAAGUAGAGUUGUAUACUUUUUCAUACAAUGUUUGGGAAUUUUUUUCCUGAAGUAAUAAUUUAUUCCACAUCUACAUCAGUGAAAGCUAUCUACCUAUCCUGAGUCCAUCUUAAAGGGAAAAAAAAAAAAACAAACUUAUCUCUUGCCUUUAUUUUUAAUUUUCCACUCUUUGAUUAAUUUGUUUUAAGCUCUGUGUUGGAAAAAAGGGGUAGUGCAUUUUAAGUUGACCUUCAUAUGCUUUUAAAAUAAGACAAAUCUACUUGAUAAUGUACCUUUAUUUGAUCUCAAGUUGUAUAAAACCAAUAAAUUUGUGUUACUGCAGUAGUAAUCUUAUGCACACGGUGAUUUCAUGUUAUAUAUGCAAAGUAGUUAGGCAACUGUUUUCUUAGUUACAGAAGUGUCAGGCUUCACUUUUGUGCAGUAGAAACAAAAGUAGGCUACAGUCUGUGCCAUGUUGAUGUACAGUUUCUGAAAUUGUUUUACAAGACUUUGAUAAUAAAACCCUUAAACUUAUGUUCAUGUUCCUGUAAAA